AAUAUAGACUAUCUUGAAUGUUUUGAUUUUGGAACACAUACUUGUAAGAUUUUGUUUUGAUAAAGGAAGUGAUAAUGGUAAAGGAAUGAAAAUAAGGAACCUAUUUUCAGGCGUUAUUUACUUUUAAUAUUCGGACUGUUUAGGAUAUAACUAAAAUACAGAGCAGACGAUAAACACUGGCAUGAGCACGGAAGGUGACAAAAGAAGGACUGCCUUUUUACGAUUUAAGGUGUUGGCAGGCGUGCUUGGUGUGUUAAGUAUAGUUAUAUUGGCAUGCGCGGGUCUUGGUAUCAAACAUCAUGACGCCGACACGUUUGGACCACCGUAUUACGUUGGCGGUUUUAUAGUUGGACCAGUGGCCCUACUGACUGCAUUUGUGUGCAUGAGUGUUUUUAUAGGAGCAAUGGGUAAAUCAUAUGACGAUGAUAAAAUGAAGCGUCUGGCCCCGCAAAUUUCCUGCCAAUAUACAAUGUCAAUGUUGUUACUUCCAGCAUGUUUUAUUGGAGGUGUUUUAACUGGAAUUUGGGGGCUUGACGCGGAAGAUAUAAAUCGAACCCUAGCUGCAAUCAUACUGGCGGGAUGUAUUCUGACCUGUUUUGUGACCAUAGUCUCGAUGUGCACAGUGUGUGCGUACGGUAAACAUUUUGGGGUCCAUAUAAACAGACGAGGCAGACGAACUGUUAUCAUAACUGACAAUUCGACUGCUUUUUCCAGGUCGAGUGAAGGGACUCAUGAUAGGUCUGGGGGUAUGGUACUACAUAGUAAUGUGAACGUUUUUACGACAGAUACAAAUCAUCAACAUAUCAGUCAGCUGGAGCAACAGAACCAACUUUUGCAACAACGACUCGCUUUACAGCAACAAAUGUUGAUGCAGCAACAGCAACAGGAGCAACAGCAGCAGUUUUCAGGUGGAGUUUAUCCUCCGCCUCCGGCAUAUGAAGAUCCAACAUAUCCACCGAACACCUCUCUUCCUGGCCCAAGCGCACCACCUCCGCCAUACAGUAAAGUAGUGUGAACAAAGAGUGCCUACAGUAUGCAACAGAUAUGGUGCUUUAAGAAAUGUUAAGUAACUGUCUCCUGUGGAACAUUGUUGCAUCAAAUUGUUUUACAUUUAGCUGAAAAUAGCAUAUGGUAAUGUUUGAUUAAAAAAUUGUAAAUUGUGAUUUGACACUAAAACCAAUAUGAUUUUCUUCAUUUUGAGGUCUGUUUCACAGGUAACUCCGUUGAUUGUUUCUUUCCAACAUAUAUGUACUAUACGAGUUUUUAUGUGUCAUAACUGGUAAUAUACAUGUCAUUUAUAAUAUCUGUAUGUCGAAAAACCAGAGGGUCAUAAAAUUGAAAAGGUGUACGUUGAGUAAAGGACGAGAAAAAUAC